UCCAUUUCCCCCUUGAGGAGUGGGCUCUCCUGAAGCCUGGUCAGAAAGCCUUGCACGUGCAGAUCAUGGAGGAGAUUCAUGGGAUGGUGGACUCUCUUGCAGAUAACUGGGACACCAAACACAGGAAGCAUUUGGGACACAAUGGAGGCCUUCCCAGAGACCAGCAAACCCAAAGAGAAGAUGGAACUUCUGCCAGAGAAGGACCCUACAAAUGCAAUGUAUGUGGGCAGUGUUUUACCCAAAAUAUGGCACUUAUACUUCACAAGGCACUCAGUGCUGAGAAAAGCCAUUGUAAAUUGAAAGUAUCAGCAAAAUGUAUUGCUGAUUACAAACUGCCAGAUCAGAGCCAAGAAGAAAUCUUCGAAGGAACUGAGGAUUUCAUAAGCCAGAAGUGUGGGAAAUCUUUUAUCCAGAGUUCACACUCCGUUAGCCACAAAGGCCUCCACACAGGAGAGAAGCCAUACCAAUGCCAGGAGUGUGGAAAAUGUUUUGCUUACAGUUCCAACUUUGUGAGCCACAAAAGACUCCACACAGGAGACAAGCCAUACCAAUGCCAGGAGUGUGGGAAAUGUUUUGCUCGCAAUUCACAUUUGGUGAGUCAUAAAAGACUCCACACAGGAGAGAAGCCGUACCAAUGCCAGGAGUGUGGGAAAUGUUUUGCAGACAGUUCGCUAUUGGGGAGACACAAAAGAAUCCACACAGGAGAGAAGCCAUACCAAUGCCAGGAGUGUGGGAAAUGUUUUGCUGUGAAUUCAGCCUUGGUGACCCACGAGAGACUCCACACAGGAGAGAAGCCAUACCAAUGCCAGGAGUGUGGGAAAUGUUUUGCUCAGAUUUCACAUUUGGUGAGCCACAAAAGACUCCACACAGGAGAGAAGCCAUACCAGUGCCAGGAGUGUGGGAAAUGUUUUGCUGUGAAUUUUGCUUUGGUGACCCACAAAAGACUCCACACAGGAGAGAAGCCAUACCAAUGCCAGGAGUGUGGGAAAUGUUUUGCUCAGAGUUCAGCUUUGGUGAGCCACAAAAGACUCCACACAGGAGAGAAGCCAUACCAAUGCCAGGAGUGUAGGAAAUUUUUUGGUGACAGUUCAACCUUGAUGAGGCACAAAAGACUCCACACAGGAGAGAAGCCAUACCAAUGCCAGGAGUGUGGGAAAUGUUUUUCUCUGUGUUCUGCCUUGGUGAAGCACAAAAGACUCCACACAGGAGAGAAGCCAUACCAAUGCCAGGAGUGUGGGAAAUGUUUUGCUCAGAGUUCACAUUUGGUGAAGCACAAAAGACUCCACGCAGGAGAGAAGCCAUAACAAUGCCAGGAGUUUGGGAGAUGUUAUUGCUUGCAUUUCAUAUUUGAUGAAACACAAAAGAUUUUACACAGGAGAGAAUCAUGCCAAGAGUGUGGGAAGUGUUUUCCUUGGAAGUUGUCACUUCUGAAAGUCAACAAAAUAGCCCACUUAUAUACAAAAAAAAUGCAGUGAAUAAUAUGACCGUUGAAGCUUAUUAUACUGUUCAAAUUUACAGUAAUCACAAAUGAUACUGUAUGAGUUUUGUACAAUCACUUUGAAAUGGUAUCGACACCGUGUGUUCUUAUGCCGAGUUGACCAUGGAUCAGCCACCCACAACUGGUUUUGGCUUUACUCCAGGCCCUUCUCUGGUGAUCUGAAAUUGUUAUAUACAUCAACAAUUGCUACAAAUAUAUCCAUUUAACAGCAUAUAAUAAAAUACAUUUGAAGGCACUUACAAAGUUAUACACUUGACACUUGUUCUCCUUAGAGAUACAGAUUUUUAUACUUAGUGGGAUCUAGACCAAAGGAACAAAAUGUGGCUGUGAGCAUUUGAAAGUUACAUAUACAGAAAAUAAAUGUUUUAUCAAGAUAUGAAUGUAUUUCACAGAAUAAAUGUGUACUCACGGGAAA